AUGUGCACACGCAAGACUACUCAUCAUCCAGCGGAUGGCGGAGUUCGGUCAAACUCAUCGUCGCCCACCGUCUAUUCCGCCGUUCCUGUCUUCGAUCCUCUCUCUUAUAUCCUUGACCCAUCCGGUUUCCGGUCCCUGUUCCCUAGUUCCUGCGAUCGUCUUUCAGAAGGCAGGACCGGUCCUGCAGAUCCCUCGACGGAGAUGAGUCACGCCAUCAGGUUGGGUAAGAAGUACCCCGACUUCUCGCAGGAUGAGAUUUUCCAGCUCAUCAACCGCUUCCAACAGAUCGACGUCGAUGACAAGGGAUCUCUCGACAAGUCGGAGGCCAUUGCUGCUGUCCAGCAGUCUGGCGACGCCGACUAUGACACUGCUCGUGAGACCAUGAAGUCGGUGAACAUCGAUGCUUCUGGCCGUCUCGAGGUUGAGGACUGGGUCCAGCUCCACUCGCUCCUCCGUCAGAACAAGCAGCACCCUGUUCUCGAGGCUCACAAGGGCCGCAUCGCCGUCAAGGGAACCGGCUGUACCAGCACGCAGCACACUGUCAAUGAGGAUGAGCUCCGCUCGUUCACGGACCACAUCAACGGCGUCCUCGGUGGCGACCCCGACAUUGGCGACCGUCUCCCGAUCCCGACGGACACGAUGCAGCUGUUCGACGAGUGCCGCGACGGUCUGAUCCUUUCCAAGCUGAUCAACGACUCGGUGCCCGAGACGAUCGACGAGCGUGUCCUGAACAAGCCUGGACCGAAGAAGAAGCAGCUGAACGCGUUCCAGAUGACGGAGAACAACAACAUUGUUAUUUCCUCGGCCAAGGGUAUCGGAUGUUCCGUUGUCAACAUUGGCUCGAGCGACAUUCAGGAGGGACGUGAGCACCUCAUCCUUGGUCUCAUCUGGCAGAUUAUCCGUCGUGGUCUUUUGUCCAAGAUCGACAUCAAGAUUCACCCCGAACUGUACCGCCUGCUGCUGGAGGACGAGACUCUGGAUGAGUUCCUCCGCCUGCCUCCCGACCAGAUUCUGCUCCGCUGUGUGAACAACUUCUCGACCGAUGUCAAGGACGGAGAGAACUACACUGUGCUCCUGAACCAGCUCAAGCCCGACGUUUGUUCCCGUGCGCCGCUGCAGACGCAGGACCUGAAGCAGCGUGCUGAGCAGGUGCUCGAGAACGCGGACAAGAUUGGAUGCCGCCGCUUCCUGACGCCCAACUCGCUCGUUGCGGGCAACCCGAAGCUGAACCUUGCGUUCGUCGCGAACCUGUUCAACACGUGGCCCGGCCUCGACCCGCUGGAGGAGGCCGAGGCGCCGCCCGAGAUUGAGGAUUUUGACGCAGAGGGCGAGCGCGAGGCCCGUGUCUUCACGCUGUGGCUGAACUCGCUCGACGUCGACCCGGGCGUGUACAACCUGUUCGAGGACCUGAAGGACGGCUACGUGCUUCUGCAGGGCUUCGACAAGGUGAUUCCGGGCAGUGUGAUCUGGCGUCGCGUCUCCAAGCCCAAGGAGGGCCAAGAGCUGUCGCGCUUCAAGGCGGUCGAGAACACAAACUACGCCGUCGACCUCGGCAAGCAGAACGGCAUGCACCUGGUCGGCAUCCAGGGCAGCGACAUUGUGGACGGCACGCGCACGCUCGUCUUGGGUCUGGUGUGGCAGCUGAUGCGCAUCAGCAUCACGCAAACGCUCGCAAGCAUCAAGGGCGGCAAGCCGCCGACGGACCAGGACAUGGUGCGCUGGGCCAACGACACGGUCAAGAAGGGCGGCAAGACGUCCACGAUGCGGAGUUUCAAGGACCCCUCCCUCUCCAAUGGGGUGUUCUUCCUGGACCUGCUCAACGGCGUGAAACCGGGCAUUGUCGACUACUCGCUCGUCGAGAGCGGAAACGACCCCGAGAGCCACCGCAUGAAUGCCAAGCUCGCCAUCUCCAUCGCGCGCAAGCUCGGCGCCCUCAUCUUCCUCGUCCCCGAGGACAUUGUCGAUGUCCGCCCCCGUCUCCUCCUCACUUUCGUCGGCGCGCUCUGGGCCGCUAGCAGCAAUGUCUAG